AUGGGCAGGGCGGACGGAGCAUCCAAGCUGAGCGCAAAGGACCUGUAUGAACAAAGGAAAAAAUACUCCAACUCAAACAUCAUUAUGCAUGAGACUUCACAGUACCACGUACAGCACCUGGCCACCUUCAUCAUGGACAAGAGCGAGUCCAUCGUGACAGUGGAUGAUGCUAUCCGAAAACUCAUCUUGCUCAACUCAAAAGAGAAGAUUUGGACACAGGAGAUGCUGCUGCAAGUGAAUGACAAGUCCAUCCGCUUGCUGGACUGCGAGUCGCAGGAGGAGCUGGAGGACUUCCCACUGCCAACAGUCCAGCACUGCCAAACAGUGCUGAAUCAGAUGCGCUAUUCUUCCAUACUCCUCCUGGUGUGUCAGGAUUCGGAGCAGCACAAACCUGACAUCCACUUCUUCAACUGUGACGAGGUGGAGGCGGAGAUGGUUCACGAGGACAUAGAAAGUGCCUUGGCAGACCACAAGCAUGGGAAGAAGAUACGGCCACAGACACUCAAAGCAAACCAAGAAAAGAUCAAGCAAAGACAAUCCAUCCUCCCACCGCCGCAAGGGCCAGCUCCCAUCCCAAUCCAGCACGACACGCGAGGCUCAGGGAUGAAUAGGAACCGCGUGGCACCCCCUUCCCAGCACAAUCCAGACUAUGAACGACGAGGCUCCAGCGCUCAUGACCACGAGGAGUCCCGAGCCAUUUUAGCACAGAAGAUUGAAAAAGAAACGCAAAUCCUGAACUGCACUCUGGAUGACAUUGAAGUGUUUGUUGCCAGGCUUCAGAAGGCUGCAGAGGCAUUCAAACAGCUCAACCAAAGAAAGAAAGGGAAGAAGAACAAGAAGAAAGGGCCAGCAGAGGGCAUGCUGACUCUUCGAGCAAGACCCCCAAGCGAGGCCGAGUUCAUCGACUGCUUCCAGAAAACCAAACUGGCUUUUAACCUCUUGGCCAAACUGAGAAAGCACAUCCAGAACCCCAGCGCUUCAGAGUUGGUGCAUUUCCUAUUUGGGCCGCUGGAACUGAUCAUCAGUAGCUGUGGUGGCCCUGAGCUUGCCAGGUCUGUCAUCAGCCCACUUCUUUCUAAAGAUGCCACAGACUUCCUCAGAGGACACCUGACACCAAAAGAGAUAAAUCUCUGGGACUCCCUGGGAGAGACAUGGACCAGAUCCAGAGCUGAAUGGCCCCGAGAAGCAAACAUCCCCACCUACAUCCCCAAAUUCCACAAUGGCUGGGAACCGCCCAUGGAAAUCUUCCGCGGAGCUCCCUGGGAAAUAGACAUCGGACACUUGCAAGAAGAGGUUAGUCUUGUGCCCCUGGUCAUCCUCUUCUUUACCCCUCCCUCCCCCUUCUUCAGACUAUCAUCAGCUAAUGGAUAUCCUUACCGUAACUCCUCACUCAAGCGUGGCCAGACUGCCAAUCAGACGCAAGCUGUAGAUGCCUUUAAACAGAACGUAACUCAGCAUGUAAAUAGGAAUUUUGAGGCACAGGGAAUGGCUCUGCCGAAGAGAUAUGCCAAAAUCCGCUACGAUUUCACUGCGCGAAAUGCCAAUGAACUCUCAGUGCUUAAGGAUGAAAUCCUGGAGGUGUUGGAAGAUAAUAAGCAGUGGUGGAAGUUGCUCAACCGGAGUGGGCAAGCUGGUUAUGUCCCUUAUAACAUCCUGGAUGUGGUAAAACUGGAAGAGCUCGAACAGGUCUGUAGUCAGUCUAACCAGAGGUACAAAGGAGACCCAAGCCCCAGGGGAUAUGGACCAUCCAGCCCAACUCACAAGCUACCUGCCAGCUACGCUGGGGAUAAAUGGGGAAGUGAAAUGUUAUCACGCAACUCUCCCCAGGAUGCCAAAGAACAACUUAUUCAUCAAAUGGACGAGCUGAAUGAUGAGUUGCUAAAGAAGAUCACAAACAAUAAAAUUCAGCCUCCUCAUAGGAAUUUCAAAGUGGAGAAGCCUCAGCAAGUUUUUGUGCCCCUCACCUUCGAAUCCAGCACUGAAGAAGUCAAAGCUUGGCUGGAGGCAAAGUCAUUCAGUAAAGACACAGUGGAACACCUUGGCAUACUUACUGGAGCUCAGCUCUUCUCCCUCAACAGAGAGGAGCUGAAGAAAGUGUGUGGUGAUGAAGGAAACAGAGUAUACAGUAAAAUCACAGUGGAGAAAAACCAACUGGAGAAAAGCAGAGGGGAGUCAGAGCUCCAAGAAAUCAUGAAGCGUCGCCAGGAAAGGAUUGAUUCCGCUAAUUAAAAAUCUAUCAUCUGCUUUAUUUCAGCUAUUAGUCAUAGUAGCGCAGAAAAAGGGAAUGAAAGCAAUAAUCCCCAGUCCAGACAAGAGACAGCAGUGCUCCACACUUAGCAGUGUAAUUUCCAUCAAAGUGACAACUUCUUGAACACUUGUUAAAGGUAGACAAUAAGAUCAUGUCCCAUUGGGAAAGGUGUUUUAAUAUUGCAUGAAGUAUUUUUUUUUUAUAACUAUAUAUUUUAUACUGAAAUUUUAUGUGCAUGCGAUAA